AUGCAAGAGAGAGGCCAGAGGGGAUGUGUGUGUGUGUGUGUGUGUGUGUGUGUGUGUUUUGAGACUGAGAGAAGAGACGACGGCGUUCCGGGUGCGUUUCGUUUGCUCCUCUCGCUGCUGCUCAGGAAACUAUUGGCAGACAAGACAGACCGACUCUUGAUGUUGGGGCUGCCCCCCCCCGUUGUCGCUUUGGUCGAUUCGAGAUUUUCUUCCUUUAAAUCCCUCUUCUUCUUGUCCCUCCCGCCUCUCAGCAACCGGCUCAUCUCGGUACAUUGGGAAGGGGUGGCUUUUCCCCCCUCCCGUUUGUGUGAGGUCAAAAUUUGUAGCGGGGGGGAAGAACUCGACAGUAAAGGACUGAUGAAUGGGAGCAGAAGUCGAGGCCGGUACUCUGCCGCCCAGUAUCGCCGUAGGCGCCGUACUGUCAGAUCGCUGCAGGCGCAUGCCUACCCCGCACAGUGUUUGCGCAAGCUCAUGACGUGUAAAGCAGCCGACCGAAUACAUGCAGGCCGAAGUCUGGAUGGCUCACGAGAUACCAAGCCGGCACCACGUACCGAAUCACAGGUCAAGCCUUGUUCCCCAUUCUUCAUCGGCAGGCCCUGUCAUGAGAGCAUGUCCGUGUCUCCUUUUCUUGCCGAUGCAAGUUUUGUUCUCGCUCGCCCUUUUUUCUCCACCUAUUCCAGUGCGGUUUUCAAUACAACACUGAAGCACUUGCGCACAUCCAUUCUCUUUGCGGGCCACGGCAAUGGCAGGCAACACAACAUCCUUCCAGUCGCCCAGACGGGGCCCCGAAUCAGGAUCGCAUUGAACCACACGCACCAAGGCCCGUUUCCCUUUCGCCGCUUCCUCGCCUGCCCGCACCCUCACUUACUGGACGACCUGGCUUGUGGUUAUUUGACGCGCUGA